AUGCGUAAAAUAUACAGACGUCGAUUAUAUUUUCUUUUAUUAAUUACUUCAUUUUUACCAAUAUGUUUUCUUGUUUUUAAUACAAUAAUUUAUCGUCAUGAAAAAAAUAUUAUCUCAUAUAUAUAUGAUACACAAACAAGUUGUUUAAAUUCUUCAAAAAAUUCUAUUAUUGAAUUAUCAACAAUUCCACCACAAUAUCUCGUUGUACCUUAUCGUGAGUUUGCAUUACGUACAUCGAUUGCUUGUCGAACAUUUAAACUCGAUAAUUCAAAGAAAGAUACUGCUAAUCUUCAUCCAAAAUAUUCAAAAUAUUUACGUGGUCGAUUUCCGUAUGUUUUACCAUAUGCAAAUGUAACAUUUAAUGAUAUUGAAAAUUUUUAUACAAAAAUUUUAAUAAAAAAAAAAUCGAAAGAUUCAAUAAUUCAAACAUCAUUUGCAGAAAAUAUUACAUUCGAGAAUAUACCAUAUAAAUUUCAAAAUGGAAUGUGGUAUCCUACUGGAGUAACAUCAAUUCAACGUACAGCUCUAUUAGUACCGUUACAAGGUCGAGAAUAUAAUGCUAAAACAUUUCUAUUGAAUAUGCAUGCAUUUCUUAGACGGCAACAACUUACUUAUACAAUAAUAUUUAUUGAACAGAUUUCUCCAAAUGGUCAUCGAUUUAAUAAAGGUCGAUUAUUUAAUUCUGCUAUUCAUUACCUUCAAAAACAAACUUUAAAUAUCACAUGUCUCAUAUUACAUGAUGUUGAUUUAAUACCUGAAGAUGAUGGAAAUUUUUAUACAUGUGAACGAAAUUAUCCUAAACAUACUACAUCACGUGUUAGACAACUUGGUAGUACACGUGGUUAUACACGUUAUUAUGAAUUUCUAAUUGGUGGCGUUCUAUUAUUAUCAUUUGAUAUAUAUAAAACAUUAAAUGGAUUUUCAAAUUUAUAUUGGGGGUGGGGUGGAGAGGAUGAUGAUUUAGCAUUAAGACUUAUUCAACAACGAAUGUGUGUUGUUAGACCAAGUUAUGACUUAGCUAUCUAUAUUGGAUUACCUCAUCCACGUGGUCAACGAAAUAAUGCUCGUUAUGGUUUAUUAGCAUGGACAACAGUACGUCUUGGUACUGAUGGUUAUAAACAAAUUGAACCAUUAACACGAAUUAUAAAUAUACAUCAAACAUCAACCUUAACACAUUUGAAACUAGAUGUUAAUGCUGAUACAAAUAAUUCUCCGUCGCUAAAUACAAUAACUAAAUCCUUAAAACAACAACAACAGCGACUAUAA